AUGGCUGCCCCUGACACGGCCGCGUUUCCCAACUACAAUGUUGACCUUUCUCAUGUGGAGGACCCCAACGAGCGUCGUCGUUUAGCCCUUGCACGCAUCGACGACGCUCCGUUCGGAUGGCGUCACGCUCGCGCGGUUGUUGUGGCAGGAGUGGGCUUCUUCACCGACUCCUACGAUAUCUUCGCCAUCAACCUCUGCUCGAGCAUGCUGGGUGUUGUCUUUUGGGAACACGCGACCAAUCGCCCUGGCAAGAUACCAUACAGCUCGGACACUGCCAUCAAGGUCUCCACAUCAGCUGGUACCGUCAUCGGCCAGUUGUUCUUUGGAUGGUUGGCAGAUAUUGUCGGUCGCAAGCGCAUGUACGGGAUUGAGCUCAUCAUCAUUAUAUUGGCUACAUUGGCACAGUGCUUGUCCUCGAAUUCUCCUGCAGUGUCCAUCACGGGCCUUUUGGUAUUCUGGCGUACAGUCAUGGGUAUCGGCAUUGGUGGUGACUAUCCAUUAUCUUCAAUCAUAACUUCAGAGUUCGCGAAUACAAAGCAUCGAGGAGCCAUGAUGGGAGCUGUCUUUGACAUGCAAGGCUUCGGAUAUGGAGUCUGUCAGCUGGCCGUGGAUAAAAUGUGGCGGGUCGUCAUUGGGUUCGGAGCGGUUCCGGCUUGUCUUGCGCUUUAUUAUCGUUUAACCAUCCCUGAAACCCCGCGCUACACCUUUGAUGUCGCCAAAGAUUUACUCAGAGCGGAUGAAGAUGUUGAAGCUUACAUUCUGGGGAAACACGAAGGCCAUCCUGACGAGGUCAAACGGGUAGCUGUGCUUCAAAGUGCCGAUAUCAGACUAGUGACUCCAAAAGCAAGUUGGUCGGACUUUCGUUCGCAUUUCACCACUUGGAAGCAUGGCAAGGUAUUGCUUGGCACUGCAGGCUCGUGGUUCUUCCUUGACGUUGCGUUCUACGGACUUGGGCUCAACAAUUCCAUCAUUUUGAGAGCCAUCGGCUGGAACGGUGGAAGUACUGUGUACGAAUACUUCUACCGCAACGCUGUGGGCAACCUGAUCUUGAUCUGUGCUGGAGCCAUUCCAGGAUACUGGGUGACGGUUGCAACAGUCGACCGGCUAGGCCGCAAGCCAAUCCAGAUUACCGGAUUUGUGAUAUUAACUAUCAUAUUUAUCAUCAUCGGGUUCGCGUAUGAGCCGCUGAAGAAGUCUGACAACGGGUUAUUGGCAUUGUACGUCGUGGCACAGUUCUUCUUCAACUUUGGGCCAAACGCCACCACGUUCAUUGUGCCAGGGGAGUGCUUCCCUACGCGGUAUCGGUCAACCUCGCAUGGGAUCAGUGCUGCUUCCGGAAAAAUCGGUGCCAUCAUUGCGCAGUGUGUAUUCGGGCCGCUGGCGCAACGGGGAGCGAAGGGAGGCGUUAACUCAUCUGAUACGCCGUGGCUCAAUCAUGUUAUGCAGAUAUUUGCGCUGUUCAUGCUGUGCGGGUGCUUAACCUCGUUGCUUAUUCCAGAGACGAAGCGUCUGACUCUGGAGUAUCUGUCUGGCGAGGAACCUACACCCACGCCCACGGUCACAGCCUCAGGGCAGGAGCAGGGGCCGAAGAGGGAUAGAACAUAA